AUGGAACCUUUCACUCCCCGCCCGCGAACAGGCCCUAGGAAGAAAAUCACGCUCUCUGCGAAAGAGUAUACCAAGGCAAUAGUUGAGAUCACUGGUACUAUCGCGUCAGUCCGACGAAACAGACUCACAACAGACGAUAUCGACGAGGAAAUCGCAGUGAAUGGUCAUCUGUCGCGUGAAAGUCGCGCCAAAAGUCAAGAACCAUCCUUCCUGGCCGAAACGUCCUUUGUGCGAGCACCACUCAAUUCACGCGUCAGCUCCGUAUCCGCCCUUCCUCCAAGUGCUAAAGGGAAAGGGAAACAAGAGUCGUUAGACCAUGUUUCUCUGGAGAUUCAGGAGGCGCUGAUUCUGGAGGAUAUGCUCUACAUUCUCAUGGGUAUAGAAGGGUCGUAUAUCACAUACCAUCCAGACUACUCACCAGAAGACGAUGACCCUUUGCAAGGGAUUCGUUUCGUCGUUUCACCCGCUCUCGAUUCCUCUCUACGCGAUCUCGUUGAGCGUAUCCUCCCUCUGGGAACCUACUACACCGCCAUCAGCUCCUUCGUUGAACUACGAAGUCACCUUGAUUUCGGGCUGGUUAACCAUGCACUCUGUGCCUCCAUCCGCGACAUGCUCAAAGACUACCAAACUCUGCUGUCACAGCUAGAGCAUGCAUUCUCGACCUCCCCUCAAUUCUCACUCCAGAAACUGUGGUUUUAUCUGCAUCCGACAAUCCACACACUGUCCCUCAUAUACCAGCUUGUUCUCGAACUCGGCAGCGCUGAUGACCCGAGUGCAGACCUUGAUUCUUCGUCGUCAAGCUCGUCCGACCCAGAUGAAGACGCCCGGAACGAGGCUCUUGGGCUGGGCGGGGCAAAGCUGAAAGCGAUGUUAUCCGAGAUGGACAAAAACGGACUCGAUGUGGCAGGUGGAAGCGGCAUAGCGGUGAAAGGUGGCGAAGUUCUUGCUAUACUCUACGAGCGGAUGCAAAAUAUGUCGGGUGAUCCUACCGCCAAAACGGUAUACGGAACCUUGCUUCGUGAUGCUGGCGCUCCAUAUGUUGCAAUGCUCCGUAUGUGGAUUAUGAGCGGCAGGCUGGUGGACCCAUACGAGGAGUUGCUAGUGAAGGAGAGCAAGUUUAUCAACAGAGGGAUACUAGAAAUCGAUUACACUGACGAAUAUUGGGAGCGACGGUAUACACUCCGAGAUGGCUCAACACUCUCUGGACCAUCGAAACGACGGGCUGGUGUGCCCCUACCAAGAACAGUGGGUGGGCGUCUCCCAGGCGGGGCCUGUGUUCCUCCCCUUCUCGAAGGCUGGAAGCACAAGAUUCUCCUGGCUGGGAAAUACCUCAAUGUGAUCCGAGAAUGUGGGAUCGAAAUCCGACGGGAUUCGACGCACUCUGUCGACGAAAAUCUUACAAUGGAUGACGAGAAGUUCUAUGCUUUUAUCGAGGACGCAUACACCCACGCAAACCGCACCCUUCUCGAACUACUCCUCAGAGACCAACAACUCAUGCCGCGUCUGGCGUCUCUCAAACGUUACUUCUUCCUCUCCCAGUCGUCGUUCGUCACCCACAUGCUGGAUCUUGCCCAGACUGAGCUGCGUAAACUCGCCAAGUCUGCAUCGAUUGUGAAACUGCAGAGCCUCCUCGACCUCGCACUCAACGCUGACCCACAAGGGGAAGACACCGUGUUCAAGGAGGACGUCAAAGUCACAAUAGCCACCAGCGGACUAUACGAAUGGCUCUUGGACGUGGUCAACGUCAGCGGCGUGAUCGGCAAGGAGCAUGAGCCAGAGACGCACUAUGAAGAGCCCAAAAAGGACAAGGACGACAAGAAGCCGAUGAAUGCAAUCGAUGCCUUUGCGCUCGACUACACCGUCAAGUUCCCACUUUCGCUCGUCAUUUCCCGCAAAACGAUCCUCCGCUACCAGCUGUUGUUCCGCUUCCUCUUCCACCUCAAACACGUCGAGCAAUCGCUUUCGUCGAUGUGGAUGGAACAAAAGACGGGGCCAUGGCGCGCGGUGUUGCCGCAUCAUCAGGAACUCGAGCGUUGGCGCUUACGAGUGUUCCUUCUCAGGGCGAGAAUGCUGUCGUUUGUCCAACAGAUCCUCGCCUUUGCUACUUUCGAGGUGCUCGAGCCCAACUGGCGGGCUCUCGAGGGCAAACUCGCCAAGGUGACCACGGUCGACCAACUGCUCCGCGAUCACGUGGACUUUCUCGACACGUGUUUGAAGGAGUGCAUGCUCACAAGCUCGAAGCUUCUAGGCGCCUACUCACGGCUGAUUGUCACGUGCUCGACGUUUGCGGCAUACUCUGGGUCGUUCUCCAAGUCGGCAAACCACGCGGUCGAUGCCUCACAAACGCCCGAUGGAGACCAGUUGAUGGCGAAGCGCUGGGUGAUCUUGGGCAAGUUUGAAACUCACUUUAAUACCUGGUUUGAAUCAUAUUUGAACCGCGUGCAGUUCUACGCCUCGAGCGAGAACGUCUCGCUGCUUCCGCUGGUUGUACGGCUGAAUAGCGUGAAGGUCGGGAUAUAG